AUGCCUAACGGCUCCUUGAUAUCUAAUGGAUCAUUCACGCUCAACCCUUUCGUCGCCAAUUCAAGCAAUCUGUUAUCCAACGGAAGCUACCCCUUCAACGCAUCCUUGCACUACUCCUUUCAUUCCGGAAACCUGAACUGGACGACCCCUGGAGCAAACUUGGGAAUCCUCACUUAUGACCCCUCGAAGACCAACAUGUGGGCCAUUGGCAAAACCGUGGAUCUGCUAUUCCAGCCCAGGGUCUUUUCCUACGAGCAGAGAUGCAUAUAUCCUAUCAGCGGCCAAUACGGGUUCUUGCCGCGAUUCAUCUACUAUCUCUUACUCAUCUUCUCUUUGAUCCUUCGGAAACAUUCUUGGCUGUCAACAGCGGCGCUUGGAGCAGCCAUGACCUACGCCGCAACGGCUUCAGUGCAUGCGUUUGCGCUGCUCCUGCGAUACAGGUACCAUACGCCGACAUUGAGAAAUCUUGACUGGAUCUAUCUGCCACCCAAGGAGCUCGGAGACAUUGACUUACAGGCAAUUUUCCCUAUCCUGGUUGCAGGCAGUAUCAUGUUGACGCCAAUCUUAAAUUUCUCAACCACUGUUCGACAGCAUGAAGCGCAUUCUGUGAUUAUCUUCUGGGGCGUUCUCCUCUUCUGUGCUAUGGUUCCUACCUUUGUCAUUGUAAUCAAAGGCGUCGUACCGUCGGUCAUCCUGAGCCAAUUGUCAACUUGCGCUCUAGACGCUGCCAAGGGUUGCACCUUCGAGAAUCUAUCAGUCACUAACAACGGCGUAUCAUUGGAUCUAUACAACAAGUGUAAUUGUACCGAUACCUGUGGCGCUUUCGACCUGCCCCAUACUCCCUUGAGGCACAACCAAGGUGCCUCGGCGCUGUUGAUAUCUGACACAAUCAACAUCCUAACAGGCAGCGAGCUCGUCAAUAGUCUCUUCUUGGUCAAUUGUCUGUUUCUUCUAUGGAUUAUCGCACAAGGAAUACUCGGGCUCAUCGAGAAUCAAUGGGACCAGACAACGGUGCGGAAUUGGGCCUUCCGCACUUUUGCCGGGACCACUCCGAAGAAACGACGAACUGCAUUCGGAUCAAGACUUCGGUACUAUAUUGGAAAGACAGUCGCAGGCUACUAUUUCCUCAUCGCGAUAGCUGUGGCCUUCAUUUGCCCCUUUGUCUUCGUAUCAUCAGUGAUCAUCAACGAGUUUAGCACCUGGAGUUGGCCAGUCAGCGAGAGUGAGGAUGCCGUUGGACAGUGGAGCACCUGGGUCAGCGCCUGCUUCGUCAUCAUCGCCGCGAUCAUUCAGAGAUAUCACCACGCCUGGUUAAUUUCCAUCAAACUUGGCUGCGCCACGGUGGUCCAUAUCAUCAAAUGGAUUUGGGGGAAAGAGAGUCUCAGGAAAGAGCGCAAAGAGUUGAGGACGAAGGAAAACAGCGUGAUGGAAGACACGAAAGAGUUCUUCAGGCAAUGCGCGAAGCCGUUCACUCACACGAGAAACAGUAUCCUGAACACUCUACGCGCAUCGAGGGACUACUGGAGGGAAUUUAAAGAAUGGCAUAACGAUCCCGUCGGAGUAUCGACAAGACUUUUGGCCCAACAUACGUCUCCAAUUGACGGCUCUGUCGAUGUCAAGGUGCAUUCGGUAUCCUCUUGCGAAGAUGACACACCGCUGGAGUGUCAGUACAGACAUGCCACACCUCACCAAGUACCUCUAUCCUCAUUCGCAACGCUUCCGCCUUACACGACCCUAUCGCCCAUGGGCUCAUACCGGCCUAAGCCUAAGCCUAAGCCUACGCCGUACCCACGCUCACAGUCUGCCAUGAUAUAUCAUACAUACCCCUGGUCUUCAGAAACAGAGAUCGCGCCCCACAAGCCAAGGUCGAACACCGGAGACACACACAUUGCGGCUCGCCCUCUCCGACCAUUCCCUCGAUCGGCUUAUUCCUCCACCGAAUUACCUCCGAGCCAAGGCGAAGUAGAGCCCCUCAUAGCUCGGGGACAUCAUACCGCAAUUAUACCACCGCAAGCAGCAUGGGCUCCCACUGUCCAGCAACGCGAAGUGGCGCGAAAACAAUUGCCCCGACGCAGAUCGGAAAUGCCAUCCACCAGGCCACCCAUGCCCGGUCACGCGGACCUUUGGUUUGGGGAGCCAUGA